UCUGAAAGUCCUUGGCUGUUCUUUUCAAUUUUCCCAAACAUACUUGGAGACUCCCUGUAUCCCUUGAACCUCUGAUUAUGGAAAGAAGCAAGAUGACCCCAGAGGUCCUUCUUCAGUUGCUGCUGCUGCUUCUAUGGGUUUCAUGUGAGAGGGGCUCCCUUGGAAAAGAAAUCUAUGAAGAGGAGCACAGAGUGGUUGGAGAGACGCUCACAGUGAGCUGCCGGUAUACACCUCCAAACCCUGAUCAUCUAGACAAAGCCUGGUGUAAAAAAAUAGAAAAUACAACUAGAUGUACUUUGUUAAUCACAAGACCACAAUCUUGGUCAAAGACUAAGGACCCACGAUACUCCCUCAGUUAUAACACUAGUGUCAUCUCAGUCAACAUGUCUGGCCUCCAGAUAGAAGACUCUGGGGAAUACUGGUGUGGAAACCACAAUUCUAGUGCAAAUAUUAUUGAUGUUUUCAAGAAAGUUCUUCUAACAGUACUUCCAGCCCAAACACGAAGGACAACCAAGCAGAAAUUAACUACCAUGAUAGAAACUAUUACCAUCACCUCUGCCACCAUCAGGCCCCAGCUCAACAUAACUGGUACAACAUACUUGAUGUAUACAGAUGUCCAGCCAACAGAAAAUUCUACUUCUAGAAGUCAAGUUGUGGAUCAUGUUGGCUCUGUGGACCUGAGGUCCCCAAACUGUCUCCUUACCCUUGUGGUGUUUGGCCUCCUCCUGAUAAAAGGUCUGGCCUUCUCAGUCCUUCUUGUUCUCCUGUUAAGGUUCAGGAACCAGGGUAAUGGGGACACUGGAAAAGAGGAGGAGUUGAACAAAUUGGAGUUAUAUGAGAUAUCCCCCUACCUAACCUCCUCUUGAUGGAGGGUCCUGAUGUCCCUAGUUCAGCCCAAGGAAUUUGAAAGACAUGAAGUCAUUGAAAUUCCAAAGAAGGCCAGCAGAUGGAAGCAGAGAGCAGUUGGACAUGGAAAACCAGCCAACAAGUGCCACAACCUAGUAAGUCUCAUCAGCAGAGCACAGCAACUCACAGCCUGAUGACUUUACUGGGCCAGCUGAUGGACAUCAGUGAUUCUAUGGAGGGGAAGCACCAGAGGCGGAGAAGGAUGACAUCAGGGAGGCCACCCCAAGAGUGAGAAUGACUCUCACUCUUCAUGUUGCUUGUCCCAUAGGUGCGACAACCAUGAUCCUUUGUUAUCCCCAGGUAUAUCGGCUCUCCCCACAAGCUCUCUAAGUUGGUUCUCUCUCCACUGGUGUUAUGGUAAUCUGUGAGAGAGUAUACCCUUCCCUAUGUGUAUACAGGACUUUCUAAAUCAUUUUU